GCCCUUGUCUGGUAUGUCUGAAGACAGCAACAGUGUACUCACAUACGUAAAAUAAAUAAAUAAAUUUUUAAAAUAAGAAAAGAAAAACAUUAUCAAUCAUGAUUAGUAUUCAGAGUAUGUUAGAAGUCAAAUGGGAGGUACCCUGUGGGUGAGGCUAAAGACUCUGGUCUCCUUGUAUGAGCUGUGAAUCAAGUGUCUGUUGUUUACCCUGCUUCCAGACACCAAGCACUGUCUAUGGACUCUUUCAGUCCCCGGUAGAAUACUGUGAACAGUGAUUGUGUGCUACUGCUUGGCUGGUACUGGCCACCCAGAGACUAGAAUUAUUCCAGGUCAAAGUGUCCACAGGCUGGCAAAGAUGAGCAAGCAGAAUUCAGGUAAGCAUUGCCAAAGCAGGGGGGAGACCAGGGGAUUAAUAGAGCAACAGGAGUCCCAGAGAAAAAGAUGGAGGAGGCAGUUUCCCAAGCCUGGAGAGGCUUUAACCAGGCCCAGGCAGGAAGCAGGCCACAAGGUGGAAUGUUGCUGAGUCCUGCUGUGUUCGAGGUGACUGUCAGACACCUAGGUGGUACAGCUGAGGGGCAGCCCUCUGUGAACAGUGAGUGAUAGAAGGACUCCUUUUAUUCACAAGCCAUCUGCUAUGGAGCCUUCCUCUCUGCCUAAGUUUUCAUGGCCAGAGAAACCAGGACUUGGUGACCUAUUUUCUUUUUCUCAAUUAUUUUUCACUUUUCUAUUUGUAUAAGAAAAACGUAUAAAAAUGAGUAAACUUCGCCUGUCUCUUUAAGUCCACGGAGAGGGGCGGGACGCGGCUCUGAGUUCUUCAGCCCCGGAGUCUUCGGUGUCUUAGGAGUCAUCGCUGGGUAAUCGCGUUUGCUUUAAGAGAUGGGGCGGUGCUCUGCCCGGAGGAGGCGGAGAAAUCCAACGCCCUCCCCCGGAUCUCCGGCUUCCGGGACCGGGCUGACCAGCUACCGGGGCUGAGCAUCCCAGACCCCAACCUUCCCUGGACAGCUGGACCCUCUCCCUGCGAGAAUGGUCUAGACACCGUCAUGAACCCAUUUUACAGAUGAGGAAGCCUCGAGGAGCGCACACACAGGAGAGAAGCCACGAAUCGGGACUCAAACCCAGAGCCCUGAGAAUCUUCUUCCUCACCGUUGGGAGAAGAGCCUCUGGCUGAAUGGCAGCCGUGGAUGACUUGCGGUUUGAAGAAUUUGGUGAUGGAGCCACACUGUUAGCAGCAAACCCAGAUGCUACCACGAUAAACAUCGAGGACCCCAGUGUAUCUUUCAGCCACCAACCCAGACCCCCCGGGAGCUUGGGGAGAGAAGAGGACGAGGAGCUGCUGGGGAACAAUGACUCUGAUGAGACCGAGUUGCUUGCCGGUCAGAAGAAAAGCUCUCCCUUCUGGACGUUCGAAUACUAUCAGACCUUCUUUGAUGUGGACACUUACCAGGUCUUUGACAGAAUAAAAGGGUCUUUGCUGCCGGUUCCUGGAAAGAACUUUGUGAGGCUGUACGUCCGCAGCAAUCCAGAUCUCUACGGCCCCUUCUGGAUAUGUGCCACCUUGGUCUUUGCCAUAGCAAUUAGUGGGAACCUUUCUAACUUCUUAAUCCACCUGGGAGAGAAGACAUACCAUUAUGUGCCCGAAUUCCAGAAAGUGUCCAUUGCCGCGACUGUCAUCUAUGCCUAUGCCUGGCUGGUCCCUCUGGCCCUCUGGGGCUUCCUUCUGUGGAGAAACUCCAAAGUGAUGAGCAUCGUUUCCUAUUCGUUUCUGGAGAUCGUGUGUGUCUACGGCUACUCGCUCUUCAUUUAUAUCCCCACAGCAGUCCUGUGGAUCAUUCCCCAGAGAGUUGUUCGUUGGAUCCUUGUCAUGAUUGCCCUGGGCAUCUCAGGGUCUGUGUUGGCUAUGACAUUUUGGCCAGCUGUUCGUGAGGAUAACCGGCGUGUCGCCUUGGCCACCAUUGUGACAAUCCUGUUGCUUCAUGUGCUGCUCUCUGUGGGCUGCUUGGCUUACUUCUUUGAUGCUCCAGAGAUGGACCAUCUCCCAGCAACUAUAACCACUCCCAACCAGACAGUAGCAGCGGCCAAAUCCAGCUAAUGAGGAAAGCAGGUGGUGGCAUUUCAUCUUUUGUGCUCUCUAACUGUUGGGGUGUGUGGCUCUUCUGGACACAACAUCCACUACAGGAAAGCAGAAUGGCCAGCACCAGCAGGAAAUUGUCGUCACACUGAAGCCUCGUCACCCAUUAACAAGAAUUAAGUGUUGGUGUGACGUGUCAGGUCCUUGAUUGAACACUUACCUCGCAUGUGUGGGGCCCUGAAAGCCCGGCCCUGAAAGUAAAGUGCAGUGAUGAUGCUUA